GGCUCGCACCUCGGCGCUACCAGGAACACAAUGACCACCUCGGGGACCUCUUCCAGCUCGCAGGUUCAGCCACUAGCGAUCAGACGCAGCAAUCACCUGAUCACCAUCUCUCACCCCCACCAUCCGUACUACCUGGUCUGCAUACUGCACUUCCGCGACUCCCUCUUCGUAUGGCUUGGCGAGGCUCCCAUGGGUGCAGUAGGGGAGGCGCAGCGCUCGAACUCUGAGCGACUACCUGAUGGUGAAGUAUCGAAAGAGGAGGAAGAGCUAUUGGCACGGGCAAAGGCGAGCUUAAGCGAAGAAGAUCAGAGGCAGCUAGAGGUAGACCGGCAGAUGGAAGAGGAGCUCUCGAAGGCGCUGGCUGCAGCAGGCAGAGAUGGUGGUGGAGGGGCCCGUGGGGCACUGGAAGAAGACGAGAUCGCAAGGCAGUCGAAAGGGUUCCUAGCCAAAGAGUGGGCCGUGGCGAUGUACAAGGAAGGACUACCUCCCAUCUCGACGUCCUUGUAUCGUACUCCGUCCGAUCUAGCCCUACCCAUCUCAAGAAGACUUUCGAAACGUCUGGGCAUCCCUCAGCUUCACCUCACCUUGUCUCUACCUGGAGACUUGCUGCCAGAGGGCAAUAUGCCUGCACCCCCUGGAGCCAAUCAGGCCAUCAUGGCUAUUGAGAAGGGUUUAGAGGAAGCAAUCAGAGAGGCUUUGGCCGACCCCAGGCCAGCUUCGGUAUAGCCAGUCCUCGCAGCACGCCUUACGUGGUGACAGCAAGAUGCGAUGCCAGGGUACUUUCUAAUGUAAUUCUAAAUUCGAACUUGGGUCACAGCGUCUAAUGUCCACUCCUAAUGAUACCAAUGUCACCGCUUACACCUUCAUUGAACUGACUCUCAGCCCACCCACUGCCUUGCGCUCUCGAACAUUCUCAACCAGGGUCCCCUGCCCCUCCACCCUUCACUGCUCCCAGGUGGCUUCCAGCUCAUGGCCUCUGCAGUGAUACCCCUCUCGGGGUGGGGCAUCAUCGCCAAGCAUCUUCCAUUGGGAGUGAGGACGGCGGUGAUU